AUGCCCAAAGGAGUGUCACAACGAAAAGAACAAAAGUACAGCAUAAAAAAUAUGACGCGCACGGGAAGGAGACCCUCUGGGGAUCCUUCCCAUGAAUGUUCCAUGUCAUUGGGAAGAUGUAAAUCGAGCGAAGGUAGCGACUUAAUGGAUGAAGACAGACGUAGGAGAAGCGAGUCGAACGGAUCCAGCGCCGACGAAAGGUUGUAUAUUCCAAAUGAUUACAACGGAAAUAAGAAAAAUACGAUAAACAUAAGAAUAAAAAAUAAUGCAAACAGGAAUUUGCAACACUUUGGGGGGAAAGAAAAAAAAAAGGAGCAGAAAUCCUUCAUCAAAUCGUUAAUAGAUAAGAUAGAAGAAAUGUACAAAAAAGGACCACACGGUGAGAAAAUUAACUCACGUAAAUUACCAAUUGAGUCCAGACCUGCCUUUCUUUUAAAUGAAUAUAUAAAUGUAGAACCAACGAAUAGUGUUACGUAUAGACGUAGGACACCUCACAGGACUCUACGUCGAAGCGAUUUCAUUGGAAUAAAUUUAAAGCCCUUUGUUAGAUUUAAGAGAUAUCCAAAGGGGGAUGACAGUUGUAACAAUGUCACCGAUGAUCCCAAGAAAAGGGCCAUUAUAAAAAUUUCGAACCAAAGUCCUCACGAAAUAUUUAAUCGCAGGUACAUCAAUGCGAAUCGAUCCUCGUCUGAGUACCCUAAAGCAGCAAAUUUUUACUCCCUAAAAAAUGAUGUAAUGAGGGGGAAUCAUCUCCCCUUCUGGGGGAGCCAAAGAGAGAAAAACGGAAUAGGAACCUCGAUAGGCAUGCACCAUUUGGGAAAAUUAACGAAUAAUGAAUUUAGAGAUCCAAAUAUGUAUGACACACCCUUUGUUCACUUGAACCCAGUCCAAAGGUGUGCAACGUAUAAUCCAUGGUAUGGGGGAUAUGCAGGGGGGUAUGUGAACAAGCCGGGGGGUGCUUACGAAGUGAAGGGAUCCCACCCACAUAGGCGCCUCGAUAACAGUGCAGAAAAGAGAGAGCACAGAAUAAGAGUAAGGAUAGACAGAAAGCGAGGGGGAAGAAAGAACAAAGGUGAUGAUGAUGGGGAAGAUGGCUAUAGUGAGCGAAGCAAAACUGAAUCAGGCUCAAUGAUCAACCAUACGCACCAUGAAAGGAUGCCUCUAUCAAAUGUGCAUAAUCACUCAGGGAAACAGAAGGAGAGAGACUUACAGAAGGAGGAGAAAAAAAAAAAAAUUCUAGUUAACCUAUCUGUACCUUUGAAAAACCCUAGGGGAAAGAAUUGCAUAGAAGGGAGAAUAAUAAACAAAUUGGGUGACAAGAUUAGCGGAGAUGCUCCUUCCCACGUCUUAUUCACUUCGAAAGGAGAAAGGGGAAUGAGCUUAAAUGUGAACAACCGAGCGAGUGAAAAAAUUAAGCUCCGAUAUGAAGGUAAAGAUGGAGAAGAUAAGGAAAGCGCUAAAAUGCGUUCCAAUUCUACUUCUACAUGCGACACGACAAAGCAUAAUAAGCUCUUAUCUGGCACUUAUUCAUCAUUUGGGGAGAGUCAAGAGAGCUGCUGCAGGAAAUCUACCAAGUGUCAUAGAGGCGGCUUAAAAAUCCAUUGUAUGCAUGACAACAACCAGGGAGGUAGCAGUGUCAGAAACGAUGGAAGCAACUCUUCCUGGAGCAAAACAAAGAAAAAGACAGAGAUACAGAUCCACCCGGAAGAGACGAACCAAAGGAGUUCACAUACAUGGAGUAAAGCCCCAGAAGAGUAUCACGCUCAAUAUGAAAGAGGACUUCACAACAGAGGGGAUCAUAGAACAAUGAAAAAAACUUUAUCUCAGCUCAGUACGGAGACAGAGGGGAUUAGAUGUAUAAGGGAUGCCCGAGCGGUGAAGAAACACCACAUGAAUUCCUAUCCUCAAUUGGAAGAUAAUAAAAAAGAGGAAAAAACUUUAUCGAGUGAGGGCUACGAAUCAGGUGAAUCAAAAAAUGAAUGCCAUAAAUACAGAGAGGAAAAAAAGAAAGAUGCAGUGAAGAACGAAGACAAGCUUCUGUUAUUAACGCAACGUAAUGAAAAGUUGAAAAGAAAUCGUGGAAAAGAGGCACCGCGACAAUACUGCAAAAUGUUAACCUGGAGAACGUCAAAUAGUAGCAGUCGAAGCUACAAAUUAAAACAUAGUGCGCUGAGAAAGGGACAAAAGGGUGCUAAAGGAAAUGGAGAGAAAUCCCUUACUUGUAGUAACUCCCUAGAGAGACAAGAAAAAUAUAAUAACUUAAGGACGAUUACUAUACGGUCAGACAGUGUAGACGAAACGAGUGAGGAAAACCCAAGGGAAAGACAUUUAAUUAAGGAUGCUGAAAAAUUUAGGGAGAAAAACCAUGUUCCAAGCUCCUUAAAGUUGCAAGACGAAAUUGGUACUCACGACAAUUCAAUGGAAAAAUACAAAAUGGUGCAAUACUACAAACCGGGGGAUAAAAAGGUAUUAGGAAGUAGGUUCUGCAUCUGCGAAGGUAGAGUGCAUAAUGUUUGCUACAACGAGGUGGAGAAAAAGAAAGGUAGUCGCACAAAUGAUAACACAUUUGAUCAUAGAAAUAAAGUGUUAGAAAUAAAAGACAAAGGAGGCAGAAGCAGGAGUGUUGCUACAACCUUGUCGAAUAACCAGCGUAACAAAAAAAGGGAGGAAUAUUCCCCUGAGCAGAUAGGAAGAAGUGGCCUUUGGACAAGUUCAACACGAAGGGGGGUAAACAAAACUGCUCUUCCACCAAAGGAAAUUGAGAGUACCAAUAGUGGGAGUCAUUAUAACAAUGGGGAAUGCCUAUACUCGAAAGAAAAAAAAAAAAAAAAGGAAAAAUCGAAUAUGUAUCCUAAGGGCAGUCCCCUCUGCAUAGAGGGAGAAGUAAAUUACAACCCCAGGACGACCCCCACAGUUGAUAGGUAUAAAUCGAGUAGUGGGGACUCCUCCCGUCGUGUGCACAAUUUUGUAGAAGGUACAAAAAGUGAAGCUCUAGAUUGUCCAGUUUGGGGACACAGGCAAGUGGAUGAGCCAGAAAACUGCUUAUGGCAUCGUACAGAACAGGCAUAUGCUCCAUCAGGUGAAGAAAUUUCAUGCAGGAAAAAUGAAGCGCACCAAUAUGUUGUGGAUCCAUUGGGGGAAUGCUCAAUCCAAGACAGGGCAAGCCAAGCAGCCAAUAGUUCUUGUCCGCAAAAAAUGGAAGGAAGAGUUGAUGAAGAAUUUUUAACCAAUCCUGAUUUCGAAGACCAUAGAAACUAUCGCACGAACAAGAAAAUUCGUCACCGAAGUGACCUCCAGUUGGCAUCAGAUCGUAAGAAGACUGCGCGAAUGGACAGGGCGAAGAAGCAGCGGGAACAUUAUGGAGGGAGAAAUUCUCACUCUCAUCACAUUUCUAAGGAGAAUUUUGAAAAUUCCCAAUCAGGACAGUUGUCCUGCACUAAUCCUUUGCAAAGAAAAAGUAAAAAAAUAAGGAGUGCUUUAUCGGGUGAUAUUUCUGCACGGAAGAGGGGUUCCCAUUCGAGGAGGAAAAGCGAAAUGUUAGAAUGGGCCCAUUCGAACGAAGGAACUAGCAGCUCGGGUGAAAGGCAUCACAAGAAAGGGGUACAUCAUGAGGAUGAAAGAUACGAUAAAGGGAGAAGCAGAACCAGAUGGAGGAAGGAAUCCUCUUCCGAUUUUUGCAAUUUUCAUGAGAUGAAGAACAUUGAAAGGGUUCUUUACAAUUCGAGGGUGGCAUCCAAGGGGGAGGGAAAAGAAGGCAACCAAGGUGGAAUCUCUGGUAGAAGAAGUCGUAGCAUCGAUCGUGAGAGCAUUGUGUAUUACUCACACGGAAGGCAUCCCUAUGGAGACACGAAAGAAAUCGCAGAACGAAGCCUUUAUCAUGAUAGUAAGAAUAAUAUGUUAUCCUGUAAAAGUGGAAAUUCGCAAAAAAAUGCAAGACAGUAUUCUCCCAUGGGCACUACCCCUAAAAACUGCAUCCACAUGUCGCAUCUCAAUGGAAGGACCAUGACGUCAAAGAAACCAACCGUGAUAAAUAGCGAUGCGCAUAGUGAUCAGAGUGGUGGUACAAUGGACAAACAGGUUAGCGUAGAAAGGAGUUUUCGUUACGCGGAGGAUAAUCAAUUAUGUAGCGAUAAAGAUGGAGCAUUAAUUAGACAUAUUCAGUCGAAGGAUGGAGAGAGUAACGUUUAUCAGAUGCACGAAUCGGUUUGUUUGAAGGGAAAGAGUAGAUCAUCCAACGAGCGAAUGUUGGAUGGAAGAAGACUACACAACGGAGGGAACCACCAGAGUCAUCAGAACACCUUAUCGAAUGAGGAAUGUAAACCCACCCAAGGGUUACAUAAUUACCACGAUGAAGAUGAAUACGCAAGAAUGUCAAGUCGUAGAAUGAGGAACUCACGAAGGAAGAGUACACAACGUAGUGGGAACUCCUACUCUGAAGAGGGAUCCACAGAUCAGUUAGCCAUAUUAGACAAAUUAAAUUCUCCUGACGAUGAGGAAUCUGACAUGAGUAGAAGUGAUCAUGAUAUAAAUCUAGAUGCAGAAAAAUGUGGAAGCAAGGAAAGGGGUUACUCCUGCGUGGAAAGACAUAUAAAAGUGAACACCUCAUCCACAGGAAAUGUCUCCAACGUGAUAAACAUAUUAAGGGAAAAUUCUUUGAUGGACAAAAAUGCCUUCCCACAUGGUUCCCACUCAAUGCUAAGGGAAAGAAGUAGAAAGGAUAUUUUCCGAAAAGGAAAUGGAAACUCAUGUAAUCAAAGGAGAUUUUCGCAAGGUAAAUGUGAUUUCUCAAAAAAUGAAGAGCAUAGUAAGCAUGACCGUGAUCAUCGCCACAUGAGUUUCAUUUCGGAUGAGCAAAAGGAAUCCCUCUGUAUGCGUGAUAAGGAAGGUAGAAGUAUAUCUCUAGGUGUGAAUAGUGUUCCAUCCAGAAGGUACAAAUAUGGUAUCAGCGGAAACAACAAAGAGUACUCAAUUGAUGGGCAGAUUGAAAAACCAAGCGACAAUUACGGUAGAUGUGGGAGUAAGUACGCCCACUCAAACCGAAAGGAUGAUUACGAGGAGAGCGAGGAAAUAACCAAUCAUAAUAGAUCACCCAGAAUGAAAGAUAAAAAAAAGCACCAUAGUGGAUAUUCUAAUAAAUAUAAAGAAGAAAAAAAGCAGAGAGGAAUUCACAAAUCGAAUCGUUCCUUUGACCAUUCGGAAAUUCCCCAAAGAAGUAGCAGCAUAUCUGAGGGAAGAAUCAUGAGUUAUUCAGGAAGGCAUUUUAUAGACGAUAAGAUUAACCCAUCCACAAUGUCCAGUUCAAAUAGUUCCUUUCAACAUGAGGAGAAGAAAAAAAGGAUUAAAAGCACCGACCCCAAAUUAGGCGUUCAUCAUGGAGGAAAUCGUCAUUCGGGCGAAACAUCCCGAGGUUGGAAGAGCGGUCAUACCGCACAGGGGGAUAGACACAACUGCUAUGAUAGCGGCGAAAUGGUGAAGGAACGGAAUAGAGGCGCUUCUAAAGGGGAUGCUGAAGGGUCAUUAGUGAGGGAAAGUUAUAGACGCGAUGAAUAUUUUCGCGUGAAGGAAGAUGACAUGAGCUCAGAUCGAAGAAGUGUACAACCUGCUGCUAGUCAAUUAUGUGGGAGGAACACAAAGUUAGAAAGCAUCCCCUCCGUUCACAGCAACCGCGAAGAGGUUUCUCGAGCACGACAUGGUAGCAGUCACGAGAGAACUAGUGAGAUGGAAAAGAAACGAACCCAGAAGGAGAAUCAAAAUAGUGUCUCACACAACUGGAUAGGUGACGAAGGAAUGAGCUCCUCUCGUGGGAGGGAGAAUAUUUUGUACAAUAGUGAAAAGGGAGAAAUAACCAAGGAAGGCUUUCCCAGCAGAAGGAAUGAAUACCCACCAAAUGUGGACAUAGAAAAAGAUAAGGACCCGUUUCCUAUGCGAAAGGAUUCUCCACUGAUGAGUCGUACGAUGGAAACUAAAUCAGGAGAAUGGACAAAAGGAAAUGGAACUGAAGAGAUGGAUAAGUCGAAAUUACCCCCAAUGAUAACCCCACAAGAUUUCAAUAUUGUGGGAAGGGCAAAUGCUGUGGAGGGAUUAAUCCGUAUGGAAAAUCUGCACCCGAACUUUUCCACAAGGAAUAAUAGCCACCAAGUUAUGAUAAGCCAAACAGUUAGCGGAGUGGUGGGACUGAAAAAGGCCAAUGAAUAUAUGAAGAACGAGUUAAAUUAUUACCUAUCUGGUGAUGGAAGUUUUGCCAAGGGGAGUCUUCCAUCCUAUGGUGAAGGAAAUGGAAAAGUGAUAAAUUCAUCGGAAGCGUUGAUGGAAACAAAUGGUGUUAAGAAUGGAAUAAUCAGAGUGAAUGUUGAUCCCCCCAAAUGUUGUAGCAUCGGUGCAGUAGAUACAAUAGACUCGGCAUUAGGAGAAGAUUCCGACGCAGCUAGCCGUUUGGCAAAUUACAAAAAGGGGGAGUCAAAUAAAAUGAAUAGAGGUAAUAUGAGUAAUAUUAGCCUCUUAACAGGGGGCCAGUAUGGUGCUGGUAGUUUAGGCCUUCCUAGUGACAACACCAAUAUGGAUCCUAUUAUUAUGAAGGUAGGUAGUGCACCCCUUAACGGCCCACCUGCGUCAAAUGGUGAAGAGGGAAAUUUCACCACAUUCAAUGAACACAAAGAGAGAAACGGAUUAGAUCAACAGAAUGAAGAAAUGAAAAAUAACAAUGGCAUGUAUUCCUAUCCCAAUGUUAGCUCGAGUGAGGGUGUGCAGAUGAACAACUCGGGCGAUACUUCCAACCUGAGGAAUAAUAACACAUUUCAUGGAUCCUCUAAUAAUGCCAUCCUCAUGAACAAGCAAUAUUCAUACAUCUCUGACCCUACGCAUAGGAAAUUCAUACACCAUCCUGCCAGUGUACCCCGAAACAGUAACAACAUCAAUGGAAUACACUACGAGAACAAGGCGGUGAGUAUGUCCAAUUUAGGCAACUUCAAUUUUCAUAGCAAUUUAUUCGACAGCCAGAUUGGAAAUAAAAUUUGUAACCCUGUUAAUGUAACAACAAGUGAGAUUUCCUCAGUUGCGCAUCCUCAAAUGAAUAAGGUACCCCCCCAGCAGAUGAUACAAUCAAAUUUUAGCAAAGCGUUACAAAUUCCCAUUAACUAUGGGAAUAUUUCAAAUGGGUUAAUUUACAAUUCUGCAUAUGCUGGUAGGAAUAAUCUGUUAAUUAAUAACCAACCUUAUGGUGGAAAUAUUUUCUACGACGCGAAUGGUAGGGCAUAUAUAGUUGGUACAAAAGAGGAAGCCAAUACGAAUUCGGUGAAAACGCUAGGUAAUUAUGGCCUUCCCACUUAUCACCUUCCCAUUGAUAAUGCAAAUCAGGGAAAUCUGAAUAGGGACCAGAACAUCGGGCAAAGGGAAUAUGGUAAUUUGGUCAUCCCUCCUGCCAUGCACGAGGGCAGUGAGAACGGUCUAAAGAAACCUUCCGUGGUGUUAUGA